AUGCUAAUAUUAUUUCUACUUUUAGGUCUGAGUGUAAAUAUCGAACUUAAAUUUGAAGAGGAAAUUACUAAAUUAGAGCAAACUUAAUUAGGCAAAACGUUCUUGGAUACAGUCUAAAUUGCUGUGAGAAGCAAAGAGCCAUUAGAUAGAGUCUUCCAAAUUUUGAGAGAUUAAGCAUUGUCUUACGAAACAGAAUUCCUUAAUAUCGAUGAAAAACAUAAGGCAUUCUCAUCCAAAUGCACUAAAGAUCUCGGAGAUUUUGAUAACUAUGCAGCCUUAUUGAAAGCUCGUAUCAUGGAUAUGUAAUAGGCCUUGGAUGAUAAAAUACCCGACAAAACCAAAAAGGUCAACACUCUUCAAAACAAGAAGAAGGAAAAGACUAUGUUACUUAAUAGAAUAGACGAGAUCUAAUAGAAUAGAGAGAAACAAAAGUGCAUCUUCGAUUCUAGACUUGAAGAACAUUAAACUGCCAUAUCUGCCGUUGUUGCAGUGAGAGAGAUAUUCGAGUCUGCUUUGUAUGAAAACGACAAAGGAGAGACAGCGUUUAUUCAACUCCAAGAAGAUGAUGUUGAUAAAGUUACUAAUUUAUUAGGCUAUGCAAGUCUCAAAGCAGGCGAUUUCAAACAUUUACAAGGCUAUAGUUCAUUGUUUGCAGUGAUGGAAUAGUUGAAAACAGGGCAAAUUUCUAAGCACGAGGAAACUGUAAGAUAAUUAGUAGAGACCUGCAAUGAUCUGGAAAACUAUAUUGAUAUAGCCAGAAGUCUAUUAAGAUCAGUGGAUGAUAUCAGAGAGGCAUACUUCUAAAGAUUAUACAAAAACUUAAAUCAAGAUCUAAGGGAUGUUAAUGCAAUUAUAGAGGAAUUAGAUUCAGAUGUAAAUGUGUUGGAAGCCUAAAUCAAAGUAUUAACCAUGGAUAGAGACGAAGCUGUCUAAAAAUAGGACAAUAAACUAAAGCAAAGAGGAGACAGGGCAGUUGAAUGUGAGUAGGAAGACAAUGUCUAUCAAUUCAAGUUAUAAGAAAACUAGAGAGAAAGGGAAACUAUUCAAAGGAUUCUAUCGUUGUGUUUAGAGAAUGUUAAGGAACUUAAACAUUACAUCAAAAGAAGAGGAGAUGAAUUUUAAUGA